AAUAAACUGUCCGAUACUUAACCAUUGAAACAUCAACUCCAUCAUCUCUCUCAAACUCCAAAUCCAGGAUGAGAUUUUAAACACACAAAUUUGGUGAUUAUGAUUGCUCUCCAUCUUCAACCACUUUCACCACCAAACUCAAUCACUCUUCUUCUUCAUUGCCCUUCUAUCUCCACUCUACUCCUCGUCUCUGCUUCGAUCUUGGCCAUGAGAACCCUCUUCAGAUUUUACAUCCUCUGUCUUUUACUCGGACAAGAUCUACCUUUUUUACUUGCAGAUGACGUCACCCAAAACCUCUGUUUCACAAACCGAUUAUCCGACUUCCUCCCUCCACCGUACAGCAACAUCUCCGACUCCAUGACAUGUACACCUCUCUGGAACACAUUCGUCUUAAGGUACUCAGAAAACAGAGAAAAUGUAAUGACGAUCAUAGUCUCGGCAUUAUACACAACCGGGUGGGUUGGGAUCGGAUUCUCCAGAGACGGUAAAAUGGUGGGGUCAAGCGCGAUGGUGGGGUGGAUCACGAAGAAGGGUCAUGCUAAAAUCAAGCAGUACUAUCUCCAAGGAACAGAGAGAGACCGAGUUGUACCUGAUCAAGGAGAGUUGCAGUUGGAGAAAGUUCCUCCGGUGGCGGCUCUUCACGGAGCGAUGAUUUACUUAGCUCUAGCGUUUAGCUCAGCUUAUCCUUCCAAGCUUGGCCGUUUGAGUAAGCAUGAUGAUAAAACUACUGCCAUCGUCGACUUCUCCAAAGCAAAUGGAGUAACAUCUGUGGAAACGACAACUUCUACGGAGAAGACAAAACAUGGAGUAAUGGCGAUAAUCGGAUGGGGCUUCUUACUUCCUCUAGGGGCAAUCCUCGCUAGAUAUCUCAGACAUAGAGACCCUCUUUGGUAUUACCUUCACAUUUGUAUUCAGUUGACUGGAUUUAUCUUCGGUUUAGCCGCUGUUAUCCUCGGGGUUCGGCUCUACAGUAGGAUACAACCAGAUAUACCUGCACAUCGAGGCAUUGGGAUCUUUCUUCUAAGCCUCAGCAUUCUUCAGGUUUUAGCUUUUUUUGCGCGUCCGCACAAGGAGACAAAGAUGAGGCGGUAUUGGAAUUGGUAUCAUCAUUGGAUUGGGAGAAUCUCUUUGUUCUUUGGAGCAGUGAACAUUGUUCUUGGGAUUCGAAUGGCUAAUAAUGGAGAAUAUGGAUGGAAAAUAGGAUAUGGGUUUGUUCUGGCUGUGACAUUACUUGCUUUUCUUGUUCUUGAAAUAUUCAGGAUUCGUGGCUAUAUUGGUACGCCUUCUUUUGUGACACAUCCAAGUUCUACUAGUGUUUGAUUCUAGAUCCUCUGUUUCUGUACACACACAUCUCUCUUGGAUUUUGUUGGCUAAAGUCAUAAUGGUCCUUUAAUUUAUAGUCAUUGAUUGAGUUUUGUUUAAAUUAGCACGGUGGAAUUUAUUCUUUUCUUUUCUGAAGGUUUGUCUUUUUUUCUUCUUGACCUCUUUUUGUUGUCAAUUUGAAUUGUAAAGUGAAGUUUUCAAGGUUGCUUUUCACACA